AUGGCGGAUCUCAAGGAAGAGGAGAAGCUGGACUGGCGAGGCCUUCUCUGCACCGACUGGCGGAGGCUUCUCUUUUGGACUGUUGUCGUCUUCUUCUCCAUUAUCACUCUGAAAAAUGUGUACGAUAUUACAGUAGACUACUUGGAGAAUCCGAAAAAAGCCGACUUGGAUAUUGUCCUCAACAAGUCGAUGGACAUGCCGCCAAUGACGUUAUGUUUCCCAUCUGGCCAUGUGUUGAGCAAUGUUGUGGCGAGUCUGGGAAACAAUGGAACAAUGCCCAAGCCGGAGCUACUGCAGGUAUAACAUUGAUGACGAUAAAUUAAUAGCCAUUCUUUUGCCGGUUUUAGCAACAACUGGAUGCAUUCAACCUCACCGGAAGAUUGGUGGCCAACCCGUGGACGGACGAGCUCGUUUUCUCCGCAUUCAACGCGCUGGCCGCGUUUCACACGCUGGAGGUGGAGACCUACGAAGAUGAGGUGGCAAAGAAGUUGACCAGCUUUGGCAAAGGGAAAACGCGGUAUUCCGCCGCGAAUAAUUGGGAAAACAUUAAGGUAAAGUAACUUCAAUAUAUUGAAACGUAUAAAUUUCCAGUUCUGGCUCAACUUCAUGAAGGAAAAUGACAUUGAAGUCGAUGCAUUGGUGCAAGCAGUCGGAAUGAGAGCUAUUAUGAAGUAAGUUGUUGGGCGAUCAUAAUACGAGCUCUGCAUAGCAAAGAAAAUGCUUCCUUUUGAGUGUAAAGAACAACCUUUUAUAUGAUCAAUUUGUCGGAAAAAUAAUGAGCCCAAUGUCGCUACGCCAAUCGCGUCGCAGAAGUGAAAAGCAAAGUUUUUUCUUUGCGUUUUCCGCGGCACAAUUCAAUUUUCCGACGGUGAUUUUUGCUGCGACAGAGUGCUCAUUAUUUUCCCGACAAACAGAUAUAUUCUGACUGUAAUACUGUAUAUUUUUAGAGGGCUUACCCGCUUCGAACGCGAGACCCACAAGCCACAACCACCGAUGGGGAAGACCACCAUUCCAGCCAAGAUGCACAUUGAAUGGCUCUCCUUCAAUGACUUUUGUUUCCGUCCAACGUUUGCCGAGGACAUCCCAAUCGACUCACAGGUAGAUUACAAUGGUAUUAUAGUCUCUAUCAGCCUGUCGAGAAAAUAAUGAGCAUUCUAUCGCAUAAAAAAUCUCAUCAUCGCCGAGAAAAUGAAUUGUGUCGCAGCAAAAUCAAAUUACUUUUUACAUACUUCAGCAAUUCGAUAGGCACGGCUAAUUUUGCUCAUUAUUUUACCGACAGACUUAUAUGUAGUACCUUCUAACCAAUGAACACCAAUAAUUGACAACGUGAUUUUUGAGAGUAUUAUUUUAGGGGACCUUCUUCAUGCUGACCUUCAAAUUCAACCCCGAAUUUAUCGAAGAUGAGGAUCGAGAAGACGUCGUUCCCGAAGAUGAAUGUGUUUUCAUUGACUUCCAUGGCUCACGGUUUGACCGCGAGCCCUACAUGGUUGAAGGAUCGCAGAAACGUAAUGGAUUCACGGAGCCUCUGUGUUUUGGCAGUCGAUACGAAGUUCAGCUGGAAGUGAGGCAUAAAUACUCAAUGCUUGAGACGGAUGACGCCGGAUCGGCUUGCAAAUGCUACGAGGAAGACGCGGAGGACGAUUUCACAUGCCGAUCGAGGUGCAGAUACGACCAUAUCAAGGUAUGUUUUGGUCGUAUUUUUGAUGUCUUGCGCAUUAAUACGCUAGGUUUUUAAUUUUGUUUAGGAGCUCUGCAAAUGCAUUCCAAUCGCGUUGGCUGACCUCGUUGAGAAAGACGAAGACACUAACGCCAAGAACUUGACUUACUGUAACUAUCAGAAUUGCGAUAUUGAGUAAGUUUUGAAGUCAAACCCUUAAUGAUAAAAUCACCAUUUCCAGUCCAUCCUCCGAUAACUUCGAUGAGCUCGAAUGCACAAAGAAGUGCGUCCGUGACUGCGAACAAACCCACUACAGCAUCAAGACCUUCCAAAGAGGUCGAGUGGUGAUGCUGUCGCCGGAUGGAAAGCCCUCCGUUGCGGACAACGUCCUCAGCAUGGCAGUUCAGUUCGGAUCGUUCGAGUAUUUGGAAGUGUCGCAGAAAUACGCGUACACAUUUUCCUCGUUCAUUGGCGAUGCCGGAGGAGCUUUGGGAAUGUGGCUGGGAUUAUCAAUUCUAAGUGUGCUGCAGGUAAUCUAGCAAUGGGAAACAGAGGGGUAUUUCACCCCACCUUAUUAAAAAAAAUAAAAAAUCUUGUGAAUAACAAGCGGCCCAUAGAGAUAUGGGGCCUAUGCCAAAACUGCACGCAAAACUUGAAGAAAAUAUGAGCGUCGCGCUUGGAGUAGACGGGUCCACACCUGCAGGCAACCUCAUUGCGGACAGCUAGAAGAACCACGGAGAUUCUGCGGGAAUUUUUGGAAAUCAGCCAACAUUUGCUUAGAAAAGGGAGUUUAAACGAUGAAUUUGUCAGUUAGACGUUGAGAAUUAAGUUCACUAGUGUAUAAAUGGCUUGAAUAGUGACCAUAAAGUUAAACUGGUAUUUUUAAAGGUUCAGAAACCAUUUUUUUUUAAACUGCCAUAGCUUUGAAAGCGGUGGAUGAAUUCAAUAGAUUUGUGUACUUACCAGCACCAGGCACGUCAAACUGAGAUAACCUAAAACAAUAUGCCAAAAAAAGACGCGAAAAAGCGUUUUGUCGGGGAAGAAAUGGGGAAUUUUGGGGGCGAGAGAGUACGCUUUUGCGUGUCUCUUUUCUCUCUUUCUCUGCGAAAUCAAGACGAAGUGUAAAAAACCGAUAACGAAGGGUCUGUUCCGGUUACCGGACUCCUGAGUUUGACGUGCCAGGGAGUUGUCAAUGCAAAACUUUCAUCAUCCUAUGUAGAUUACGGUAGAAAAAUCGUAAUUCUAAUCGGCAGAUGUCAGCUGUCUACAUAGUGGUUGCCCACAACAGUCGCUAUUUUUAAAUAAUGUUAUCAAUUCUUUCCUUCUUCCCCAUAGUAACCCAAUUCUUUCCAGGGCUUUGUCUUUAUGACCCAAACCGCCACCAAAACAGUGUCAACCCGACUAACCGGACAAAGUGUUCGUCGACGGGACGACAAGCAAGCCGACGCGCUGCCGGAAAAGACCAACGUCAGUAAUAUCCCAAUUGCAUAA